AUGGCAUCAACGCUCUCUUCUCUGACCACUCCAACUCCAACUACCCAAUCCUUCUUUCCUUCUUCUUCUUCUUCUUCUUCUUCUUCUUCUUCUUCCAGAUUCCUUCAUUUCCCUAACUUCACCUCUAAAUCAUUUCCCAACUUAAACAGACCACUCACAAGGCUCCACGUGUCCUCAUCCUCUCCAACAAUCACCAACACCAACAAAGAAGAAACCAUCUUCUUCGACGGUGGGGCUCAUUACGGUGACCUUUUGGCGAACCUUGUUCUGGGUUUCACUCUGGUUUGGCUGCCUCUCACAAUAGCUGCGGUUUCAAGAGCUUUCUUUCUCAGGUACAGAUUCACUAACCUGCGGGUGACUGUCAUAUCUGGACUGACGGGUGAGGAUAGGAGUGAUUUCUCGUAUGAGGUGAUAAAGGACGUUCAGGUGGUUCCUCGUUUCAUUGGUGAAUGGGGUGAUAUUAUCAUUACUCUUAAAGAUGGUACUAAGGUUGAUCUUAGGAGUGUUCCUAAGUUUAGACAAAUUGCUAAGUAUUGUCUCUCUUUAAGGGCCUCUCAAAACCCUGAUUUUGUCAACCAAACACCACCGAAGGGAUUUUAAUUUACUUUUCUACUACUAUUACUUCUACUUCUUUCAAUACUAAUUGUUUAUUUUAUUUGUAUAUUGCUAUAAAAGAAGCACUUUGAAUUUA